CUCAUCACAUCACAUGAGGGCUGCGCUUCUGUACUGAAAGUUAACUCGGCUGUGUUUCUUUUCUCCCCAUGGCGGCCCGGUGGAUAUUCUGCAGGAUUAUCCUCACUGGUCUGUGUGUGCACCAUGUUUUUGCCUUUUCUACGAGAUGGAAGCAAAGCAGAGGAAGUCAGAGAUCAGGGGCUGAACCUCAGUUUAAGGAGAAGUUCUUCACUCAGAUUCUGGACCACUUCAAUUACAACAGCUGGGGCAAUGGGACAUUCUCACAGCGUUACCUGGUCACAGAUCAGUAUUGGAGGAAAGGCCAUGGUCCUGUCUUCUUCUACACUGGGAAUGAGGGGGACGUGUGGGACUUUGCCCUGAACUCUGGAUUUAUAGUCGAGCUUGCAGCUGAACAGGAGGCGCUGGUCAUAUUUGCUGAGCAUAGGUAUUACGGAAAAUCUCUACCCUUUGGCCAAGAUUCCUUCAAUAUUAAAAACGUCGGGCUCCUGACGGUGGAGCAAGCUUUGGCUGACUACGCAGUCAUGAUCACGGGGCUAAAAGAGGAACUCGGAGCUCAGAAAUGCCCUGUCGUUGUUUUUGGUGGGAGUUAUGGUGGCAUGUUGAGUGUGUAUAUGAGAAUAAGGUACCCCAAUCUUGUAGCUGGGGCUUUGGCGGCCAGUGCUCCGAUCUUAUCUACAGCAGGACUGGGCGACUCUGGGCAGUUCUUCCGAGAUGUUACAGCUGAUUUUGAGAAUUAUAAGCCAGCCUGUAAGGAUGCCGUGAAAGCAGCUUUCCAGGAGCUUCAGACUUUGGUACAACAAAAAGACUACUCCCGUAUCCAGUCAGCCUUCUCACUGUGUCAGACUCCAUCCUCCAAUAAGGAUAUCCACCAGCUGAACGGAUUCCUACGGAAUGCUUUUACUUUACUGGCCAUGAUGGACUACCCUUACAACACCAGCUUCAUGUCCAAAAUGCCUGCUUUCCCUGUUAAGGUGGCGUGUGAGGUGAUGCUGAAUGGAACAGAAGUGCUGUCUGCGCUUAGAGACGCUGUCGGCAUUGUGUAUAACUCUACAGGGGAGCUGACGUGCUUUGACCUUUACUCGCUCUAUGUGGAGUGUGCAGAUCCGACAGGCUGUGGCCUCGGCUUCAACAGCUACGCAUGGGACUAUCAGGCGUGCACGGAGAUCGAGAUGUGCUUCGAGAGCAACAAUGUGACGGACAUGUUUCCCCCCAUGCCCUUUACACAGAGCAUGAGAAAGGAGUACUGCACCAAGCAGUGGGCGGUGCUGCCACGGCCAGGCUGGCUCAAAACCCAGUACUGGGGUGAUGCUCUUUUAACAUCCAGCAAUAUCAUCUUCUCUAACGGUGAUCUGGACCCGUGGGCUAACGGAGGGAUCAGAAAGUCACUUAGUGAGUCUUUAAUUGCAAUCAGCAUCGCAGAUGGGGCACAUCAUCUGGACUUAAGGGCUUCGACAGAAUACGAUCCUCCGUCAGUGGUAAAGGCACGGCAGCAGGAAGCCACCAUCAUCGCUCAGUGGGUGAAAGCUGCAAGAGAAAGGAUGUUCUGAAAAUCUUUUUAAAGCUCCAUAUACACUCACCGGCCACUUUAAUAGGAACUUGUUCUUGAUUCUGAGAUUCCUGUUCUUGGCUGCAGGAGUGGAACGUAAUAUGGUCUUCUGUUGGAUGCGGAGAUGCUUUUCCGCUCGCCACAGUUGUAAAGAGUUGCUAUAUCCUCCUUGGCAGCUUGAACCAAUCUGUGCCGAGUUUCCCAAAAGCAGCGUAGCACAAAGAUCAUUAAAUGGUAGAGCGACCAGCACAAUGAACACUCACUUUCCUAGUCGAGAUGCUCUUAGCAUUAAAGGAACAGUCCACCGUACUUCCAGAAUGAAAU